GGAUCCCACUACAGUUGGUCUACGGAAGUCGGAAGUAUUCAAGUAUCGAUAACGAAAGCAAUACGUCUAUUAUUUAYAUCUCAGAAUUAAUUCCAAAGAUCUCACAUUGAAUCCUAUCGUUUCCUUACAAGAUAUCAAAGCUAUAAUCAGUUAUUUUUAGCCCAUGGAAGUAGGACUACGUGUCGUACGAGGACAAGAUUGGAAGUGGGGGAACCAAGAUGGCGGCGAAGGCUUCGUAGGGACUGUGAUUGUAGUUGGAAGAUCUGGGAGCUUUUCUUCACCAGAAAAGACUGUCAUAGUGCAGUGGGAUGGAGGGACGAGGACUAAUUAUAGAUGUGGACAUGAGGAUGCCUAUGAUUUAUGUAUACUUGAUAACGGACCGAUAGGGGUUGUACACAAGAAUGUGUCAUGUAGUGAGUGCAGGCAACAAGGAGUAGAAGGCAUGUUAUGGGUCUGUGCAAGCUGUCAGGGAUAUACUCUUUGUACGACAUGUUAUACCAAUGAUAAACAUUCACUGGACCAUGCCUUCUACAGAAAAGAUUCACCUUCAAGCACUCCAGUUCUUGUAGAUAAAAGGCAAGGCCAACAAAAGGUUUCAGCUCAAGGAACRUACUUAGGAUCUCAAGUUAGACGCGGUCCAGAUUGGGACUGGGGAAAUCAAGACGGAGGUCCUUCAAAAAGAGGUGUGGUAACRGAUGUGAGGAGAUGGGAAAAUGAAACAUUCCGUAGUGUUGUUGCAGUUAAAUGGAUCAAUGGGGAAACCAAUGUAUAUCGUCGUGGACACAAAGGAAAGGUUGAUGUUAUUUGUGUAACACCAUCAUUUGGGGGUGUUUACUACAAGGAUCAUCUACCAAAGCUUGGCUUCAACUAUUCAUCAGCUGCAAYGCCAAAAAAAUUCACUCCAUUACAUGAUUCAGGCAAGUGUCAGUUCAAGGUUGGUGAACAAGUCCAAAUAGUACUUGAAGCUGAGGUUUUAAAGCUGUUGCAGRAAGAUUAUGGAGGAUGGAAUGAAAGAAUGAAAGAGGUGAUAGGGAUACCUGGUACAAUACAGAAGGUACUCGACAAUGGAGGAGUAAAAGUACAGUAUAAAGUUGGGCCUUCUAAUACCUAUACAUGGGCAUUCAAUCCUAUUGCGCUUUCGAAGAUGGGUGAUAUUCAGGUGAACGACACAGUUUGUGUCCUAGAUGAUGUUACCUUAGUGAAAAAGUUGCAAGUAGGACAUGGUGAAUGGACUGACAAAAUGGUGCCUAUUCUUGGGAAAGAAGGAAAGGUUUUGAAGGUGUAUUAUGAUGGUGACAUCAGGGUUGUAGUUGGUAGCACAUCCUGGACUUUGAACCCUGCCGUCCUUGUGAAGAAAAGAGAUGCCAUGGCAGUAAGAGAAGCUGAACAACAAACGCAGGCUGUUGCGACUGCCGCCUCAUCCACAACUGCCGAAGCAGAAGCUUCUCUGCCGUCACUGCUCCAGAGUAUGACUGUGUCUCCUAUUGACACCUCAUCUAAGUUAAUAAGUGCMGCAGGGCUUGGCCAGUACACCAGAGUAAGGGACAUACUGGCUGCUAAUCCAAGGGAGAUUGAUAGUAAUAAGAGUGGUAAGACAGCCCUUCAUGUCAGUUGUCAUCAAGGACAUGUAGAUAUUGUCAAGCUACUCCUGAAAUCUGGUGCUAGGUGUGAUUUACAGGAUAAUGAUGGAGACACACCACUUCACUAUGCUGCUUUUGGGAACAAGCCAUUGGUGGCAUCAGUGUUAAUACAGCACGGAGCAAACAUGAACAUCCCGAACGCCAUCAAUUGCACACCAGUGCAUGUCGCUGUUAACAAAGGACACACAGAUGUAGUUMGAGUGUUUGUGCAGGCAAACUGUGACAUAAACCUUCAAGAUUCUUCAGGAAAUACGGCUCUUCAURAUGCCAUAACCAAAGAUCAAUCAGAUAUUAUUCAUAUUAUUAUCAAUAGUAAUCACUGUGACCUAAAGCUUGUCAAUCAACAAGGGUUUAAUGCUUUUCAUAAGGCGGCGCUAAAGGGACGUGAACAAGCUCUGUCCCUAAUUCUUUCCAAGUAUCCCACAAUAUUAAACAUACCAAAAGACGAUGGCUUCACAGCACUACACCUCUCCUCUCUCAACGGCCAUGUGGGUCCUGUAAGGACUUUACUCAUGCAGAGUGGUUGUGAAGUGAACCGUGUGAAUGAGAACCACCAGACAGCCCUUUUGUUAGCCGUAGACAAGAAACACCUGGAGGUCAUCAAAGAAUUACUGGAACACGGUGCCAAUACCAACAUACAGGAUGAUGUCGGKGAUACACCAUUACACACAGCUGUUGCUAACAGUGAGCCUCGGUCUGAUCCUGUCACAAUGGACAUGGUUCGGCUGUUAGUACAACACGGCGCUGACGCCACAACACGUAAUAAUGACAACAAGAACUGUCUGGACUUGUGCAGGAAUACAGAACUGGCYGAGUUACUGAGAACAGCAUCCACUGGGCAGGAAACAGUACAAGAACCUGAUGCGUCUGAUACCGCAAGUCCACCCCAGAAAGACAGUGCCCCUUCUGAUUCCAUGGCAGCCUCAAAUGCAUGCCGACUGUGUAACGAGAGAGUAGAUUGCCAGUUUCAGCCUUGUGGUCACUCUGUAGUGUGUUACGGCUGCAGUCACAUGUUUAAAGCAUGUUUUCAAUGCAAGGUCGAGGUAGAAAACGUAGUUAAACUCGAACAAGCUGCAGAGAAAGAGUGCGUGGUUUGUUCAGAUUUUCCAGCYGAGGUGGUAUUUGAACCAUGUCAACACAAAGUUGCUUGUACAGAUUGUUCUUUCAGAAUGAAAAAGUGUAUAGAAUGCCAACAUAAAAUAACGAGAAAGAUAGGACCAGACGGUUCAGUGAUUGAGACCUGCCAAGCAGACAAGUAUGGUCGCAAUAUGGAUUCUCUGUUCUAUCUUGAAGCUAAAGUACGUGAGAUGGAAGAAGCUCAAAUAUGUCCAAUAUGUAUGGAAAACAUGCGAAAUGUAGCCUUCCUAUGCGGGCACAGCACCUGCGAUGAGUGCUGCAAAUCUCUCACAGACUGCCCGAUGUGUCGCAAACCAAUAGAUAAAAAGAUCACUUUGUUUGGAUGAGUUAAAAAUAGAGAAAAAUUCUUGUAAAUUAGUGUUUGAUGAAUCAAAUUCAUUUGUAAAAACAAAUUCUUUGAAGCUAGAAAGAGAGGAUGUUAGGAUUGACAAACGGAAGUGAAAAUUAACGAUAAGAAGUAGAUUUUAGGAAAUAAGAUUCAGGACUUGAUUUAAUAUAAAUCCACAAAUGUAUACGCUCYAAUAUAGAAUUCUCUCUGCAUGGUAAAACACACUUUUUGUGAUAAAAUAAAGAAAUCAAUGAAUAACCAAAAA